GGGGGGCGGCCCCGGGGCAGGGCCGGGAGGAGGGGGCGGGCGGAGGGGAGGCGCCCGCGGCCGGUAAAAGGCAACAGAAGCUGAGAACGCCCUCCUCGAGCUGCUCCCCUCGCCAUGGCCGGCGGCAUUACGGACACGGGGGAGCUCUACUCGCCUUACGUUGGUCUGGUUUACAUGUUCAACCUCAUCGUCGGGACAGGAGCUCUAACCAUGCCCAAGGCGUUUGCGACAGCGGGGUGGCUGGUCAGCCUCGUUCUCCUCAUGUUCCUGGGCUUUAUGAGCUAUAUGACUACCACGUUCGUGGUGGAGGCCAUGGCUGCUGCAAAUGCCCAGCUGCGAUGGAAGAGAAUGGAAAAACGCAAGGAGGAUGAUGAGGAUGAGGAUUCUUCCUCUGGAGUAUCUGACAGUGACGUUCUCCUCCAAGACGGCUAUGAGCGAGCAGAGACACGACCUAUCCUGUCAGUUCAGAGACGUGGCUCACCCAAUAUCUUUGAAAUCACUGAAAGGGUGGAAAUGGGCCAGAUGGCUUCCAUGUUCUUCAAUAAAGUGGGUGUCAACCUCUUCUACUUCUGCAUAAUUAUCUACCUCUAUGGGGACCUGGCAAUCUACGCAGCAGCUGUGCCGGUCUCUCUCAUGCAAGUGACCUGCAGUGCUAUUGGCAACCAUUCUUGCAGCGUGGGAGAUGGCACGAAGUACAACGAUACAGACAAGUGCUGGGGGCCCAUUCGAAGGAUUGAUGCUUACAGACUGUAUCUGAUUUUGCAACCCUGCUGGAGGAGGAGCAGCAGGCGGGUGCCGCGGCGUUCCCAGGCAGCGUUCACUCUACUCCUGGGUCCUUUUACCUUCUUCAACGUGCAGAAGACCAAGUAUCUUCAAAUCAUGACGUCUCUGAUGAGGUGGAUAGCCUUCAUCCUCAUGAUCAUCCUGGCCCUCAUCCGCAUCAGCAGAGGCCAGGCUGAAGGCCACCCCUCCAUGGCCCAGCUGUCGGGCAUCCGCAACCUCUUCGGGGUGUGCGUCUACUCCUUCAUGUGCCAGCACUCGCUGCCCUCCCUCAUCACGCCCAUCUCCAAGAAGAGGCACGUCACCAAGCUGGUGCUGCUCGACUACGUCCUGAUCCUGGCUUUCUACAGCCUCCUGUCCUUCACCGCCAUUUACUGCUUCCGCAACGACACCCUGAUGGACAUGUACACCCUCAACUUCACCGACUGCGACAUCGUCGGCGUCGCCUUCAUCCGCUACUUCCUGGGCCUCUUCCCCGUCUUCACCAUCAGCACCAACUUCCCCAUCAUCGCCGUCACCCUGCGCAACAACUGGAAGACCCUUUUCCACCGGGAAGGGGGCACCUACCCCUGGGUGGUGGACAGGAUCGUCUUCCCGGCCAUCACGCUCGUCCCCCCGGUGCUGGUGGCUUUCUGCACCCACGACCUGGAGUCCCUGGUGGGGAUCACGGGCGCCUACGCCGGGAACGGGAUCCAGUACCUCAUCCCCGCCUGCCUCGCCUACUGCAGCCGCAAGGACACGCAGCUGGUUUUCGGCAGUGGGACGGUGAACAAGCACCUCUCCCCGUUCCGCCACACCUUCUGGAUCGUCUUCGUGCUCGUCUGGGGCUUCUUUUGCUUUGUCUUUGUGACUGCCAACAUCGUGCUGAGCGAGGCCAAGCUCUGACGGGGGGCGGCGCUCUCCCUCUCAGGUUCCAGAGACCGCGACCCUGCUGGGACUGGAGGGGAAGAGGUGGCGUGGAGGGAAACUUUUCCUCCAGGCUGUUGGCAUGGCGGUGCAGGUCCCGCCUGGACACGGCCUUUUCCUCCCCCCGUGUGGGUGGAGAGGGCUCAGCCUCGUCCCCCUGGUUCUCAGCCCAUCGCCGCCGCCUUCGGCUCCGUUUGAGCAUCGCCGGGGGCGCUCCCCUGGUGCCGCGGGUUUCGGCACGUGGGGAGAGGCAGCCGGGGCUGCUCGCUGCAGCCAUCAGCUCUGCUCCUUGCUCCCAAAGGCACGGACCCGCUGCGCACAGAACCAGCGGGGGGGGGGGGGAGAGGAGUCCCCAAAACCCGGGGAGCUGAGGGGAGGGGAAGGAAAUCAGGGUGGGCACAGCCCUAGCUCGAAGCGAAGGACCCUGUGCUCUGUUACGCUUUCUUUUUCCGGAGGCAUUAACCUGGUUGUGCUCUGGGGAAGGAACACCACGAGUUGCCCAGGAUCUGGGAUCUCUCAGAGCUGGAUUUCUCCAGGCUGGGAAUUUACUCUCACAUUUCUCACCCUGCUCUUUGCUGCGGCGUGCCCGCAGGGCUGCAGCUUCGCGGCCUUGCUGCCCGCUGACUUCAGCUGGCAAAACCUUUUCCCGUUUCAUACCAGGCUGGUGCAAGAGGCCAGACCCCGACGGCAGUGGUUAGGGUUUGUGUGGGCUGGGAAGGUGCUAAUUGCCCAGUGCUGCCAGGCGUUACCUGCGAGAGCUCCGGCUGUGCGCACGGCUGCAUCCCCAGCCUCCUGUGCUGGGUAAUUAGCCUUGAAACGAGGUGGGUGUUAACUCAAGGGAGCAGGCAGGUGCCAGCAGGGGAGGGCAGUGCCAUGGCUCAGCUCUGCCUCCUCCCUGCGGGAGCUGAGCUCCCAGGCCUUACAGGGGAGGGCAAAUGAACUGGUCCUAAAUCGGUCCCAAAUCCCAUCUCUCUUCUGCACAGGGUUGGGGUGGGUUUUGGCUGGUCCUGCUCAGCUCAGCUGGGUUUGCUGAGCCCCCAGGUGCCUCUGUGUGUGUGUCGGGCUGCCCCUUUCCUUAUCCAGGCAGUGCUGGAGGUGAUCAGUGCUGCUCUCCAGGCACUUCUGAGGCUUCUGUCGGUCACUGCAGCACCGCGCGGCCACAGCCAGCACCGCUUCGGGGGUGUGAGGCUCUCAGGCAAAGAUCCGAGGGGUUUUUGUAACAAAAGGAAGAACUUAAGAAGUUUUCACCUGGAAUAUUUUAAAUCCUUUUUUCUCCUCUGCCCUUCUUAAAGCAGGUUCAGAGCCAGGUGCAUGUCCCUUACAUCCUCUCCUCUUGCCCUCUGCACUUGCUGCAGCAUUAAGUGUCACCGCGAGCUAGGAGCAAGCUUUGAACUGCAGCUCUUUUUAAUCAAGCUCCGUUUUCAAGUAGGACUUUCUCCUUUCCAUAUGACCUGAAGUGCUCCUCCCGGGGGACUAUGCAAGUACCUGGAGCUGUACAAAAACACUCGAUGGUUUUUUUACAGCAGAGCCCUCCACCUCUCGAGCCCCAGCGCUGCGCCUGUGUCCUUGCCAAGCUGCUUGGAGAGGAUGCAGGGGGCCUGCCUCUCUCUGCUCCAGCUCCAUCCAAAACAGCCCUUGGCAGCCCUUGCUGGCGAAUUUAAACAUCCCCAGGUGCUGCGGGGAGGCUGAUGGGGCAUCCUCGCUGCCAGAUGAACGUAGCUCCACGACACGUAGCUUCACAGGUGGCUGCUGCCUCGGCUGGGGUGUUUGGAGAGCAAAACCAGGGGGCAGCUGGGCUGGGGGCACCCUGCGGGGUGUGGGGCAGGCGUCUGCCACUGCCCCCUUCCCCUGCUCGCUCCCCAGCUCUUGCAGAGCCUCGGCUGCUGGAUCUGAGCCCAUCACAGGCACCCCGAAGGCUGGGGCACGCUGAGCUGAGCCCCCCCGGUCCUCCUGGUGCAGCUGCAGUGGGCGCAGCCAGCGGGAGGGAUGCGAUGCCAAGGGGACCAGGUGUGGGUUGAUGCAGGGGGCCGAGGCUUUUCCUAUCCCCCCUCAGCCUCCUGUCCUUUCAUUCAGCUCAGCCCCAGCCCUCCGAGUGCUGGUUUCAUGUCCUUGCUGCCCCAUUUCAGUGCCAGCCAGAGCAGGGGCGCAUCCAUCACUGCUGUUACUGCACCUCCACUCAUCCUCCUGUCCCCGCUCAGGGCUGCCCGCAGCCUCCCCUUCCCUCCUGCCCCUUUUUCCAGCAGCCUCCACAUUCUGCAGGAGGCAGCAGGGGCUGGGCUGAGACCUCCCGGCCCUGCACACCCUCUCCUAGCCUCCUCCCAGGAGCUGCUCAUCCCAUCUCAUGGGCUCACGUGCCCAGAUGUGCCUUCUCUGCCCUGGCCUAGGUGAGCAGCUCUGCUGUGCCGUGGCACCUUGCCUGGAAGAGCUCUGGGGAGCACGAGAGGUUCCUGGAUCAAUAACCCAGAAUAUUCCCAGAUGCCUGCAGCCCUCACGCAGCAGCAAACCCCACCUGUCCGAGAAAUUGGGGUGAUGAAGGGAGAGAAACUCAAUUUUUCACCCCAAAUGUGACAGCAAUGCCUUAAAAACGACGGGGGGGGGGAAGCGGGCAGGGGGUGGCUCAGCAGAGGAGGGGCUGGGGGCCGGGUGCGAGCUCCCUCCUCUCACCGAGCAGCAGCAAACCUGGUUUGAUUUGCCUGGUCCUGACACCACCGAUUCAUCCUUACAGGUUCUCACGCCGUGCUCGUCCCGACUGUAAUCGGUUUUCAGAAAAAAAAGGGAUUAAACCCAAUAAAACGCACACACUACG